AAGAAAAUGAUGAGAUAAAUAUCUAGUUAGCUAUGCACUCUUCCUUGACACUCACUUGAAUUCAUAAACCACUAGCUAGCUUCCUACAAAACAACUCCAGCAAUUAGAAGUAGAAACAGCUAGAAUGUUCCAUUCCAAAAUGAAGCUAGGAUCAUCCAGCAUGAUUAACACUAGCUCAAGCAAUCAUCAUCAUGAGAUGAGUAGCGGGCGGGCCAUGCCAUGCCUCCGAGCAGACUCGGGCCUGGUCUUGACCACCGAUCCUAAGCCUCGCCUCCGUUGGACUGCCGAGCUUCACGACCGCUUUGUCGACGCUGUUACUCAGCUCGGCGGACCUGAUAAGGCUACACCAAAGACUAUUAUGAGAGUUAUGGGUGUCAAGGGUCUCACUCUUUACCACCUCAAAAGUCAUCUUCAGAAAUUUCGGCUAGGGAGGCAACCUCACAAGGACAAUACUAGUGAUGGCCACACAAUGAAAGAUGGUGAAAGAGGUUCAGCCAUGAAACUCUAUGGAAAUUCUGCAUCAUCAUCUGGAAUGAUAACAAGUAACAUGAAUGAGAUGCAAAUGGAGGUGCAAAGGAGAAUGCAUGAACAGUUAGAGGUUCAGAGAAACCUUCAGUUAAGAAUAGAGACACAAGGAAAGUAUAUGCAGACAAUACUGGAAAAAGCUUGUCAAACGCUUGCAGGUGAAAACAUGCCAAAUAAUCGUCAAGGCCGCAAGGGAGAUGGUCCUACUCAUCAUAUGAGAGAUUAUGGACCCAAUCUCAACUUCUUAGUUCCCCAAGAUCUUAAUCAGCUUUAUGGAAGUGAUCCUCAACCACUUGAAGUGUUUCAUCAUCAACAGCUAAGCAUGGAAAGAACAGAUUCAUCACUUGAUCGAUUUAUGUCGGGUUCUAUUGAUGAUAGCAACCUUUGUCUAGGGAAAAAGAGGCCUAAAACUGAUUGUAGUAGCAAGAGUCUGAUAAUCUGGCCCGAUGACCUUCGUCUUGAUCAAGAAUUUGGCAACGCAGCACUGUGCCUUGGCUCUCAGUAUAAUGAUGAAUAUCUUUACUGUGGUGCUCGUAGUUCUGAAGGGGAGCAAAAGAGAGUGCUCAGUGAAGAUGAUAUGGAUGACAAGAAGCUCAAUUCAGCACAGCUUGGAAUGUCAUAGAAACAAAUACCAGCACUUAAUUCUUGAUGAUAUGUAGCUAGGGUGCAUACAUUCUGGUGGUGACCUUUUGAUCCAUUUCAAUAAUGCUGCUUUGCAAUCUGACCAUUGACUAUAAUUCCAGUGUAUUAUAUUCAGA